AUGCCAUUCGGGAAGAAAGUGAUCGGUGCGCAUGCUCCACGUAUUGAUGCGUUGAAGGAGGAUGACUUUUGGUGGUGGUAUCGCCAGUCAGUGGUGAAAAGUGAGAUGAUAGACCACGGUCCUGGAAUACCGAGUUUUUUUGUACUCAGGGACCGUCUCGUGCAAGAGACACACACAGCACAUCUAACCAAGAAAGGGACAGAUGAUGCAAUCCCACAGGCUCUUGAUCUAUACAAAGAAGUGUAUGAGGAUCUUCUUGCUGUUCCAGUUGUGAAAGGCCAAAAGAGUAGCCUCGCCAAUAGAGAGGCUUCACUUGUCCUUAUUGGUGCCUAUGUCAAUGAAACUGUCAUCCUUUUAUGUGUGCAUAUACUUGAGCAAUGCAUCGAAGGUGCAAUAUGCCGUGGGCUCGGUCAAUGCUGUAGCACGGCACAUGGUAUCAAGGUGCCUGAUCCUUCGAUCCUUUCAAUCCCUUCUAGCGAAGGUCAACAAUUCUUCCAUGUGUGGCAGAAUUCUUGGCAUUUCUCCAGUCGCGCCAGUGGUAUUAUGAUGGCAAUUCAUGGGGAUAAUGAAGGUCUAGUUCUUCCGCCAAACCUUGCUGAGUAUCAGGCCAUCCUCAUACUCCAUGGCUCCUCUAAAAGGAAACAAGAAUACCAGACGAUCGUGAAUGAAUAUGUUUCAAUUAAAUCCAAGCUGGCGGCGCUUCAUUGGCGUACGGAAGUGGAUCUCCGCGACGGGUACUCCGCCGGUUGGAAGCUUCAUGAAUGGAUCAUACGGGGGGCUCCCUUGUGCAUUAUACUGGGGAUCAAGGAGUUAUCAGGUCAACACGCAACGGUGUACAGAAGAGACAUUCCUAAGGAGAGUCGCAAGAUUAACAUCCCCCUAACUGAGAUUCCUGCUACAGUCCUGAAACUCCUGGAAGACUUACAGGAACGGCUCCUUCAGAAAGCCCGCGUCGCCUUCUCUUCACGUCAGCGGGAAGUGACCGACUGGGAUGAGUUUACUUAUCAUAUCCGCGGCCGCAAAGAAGUGGGCAAUGUUGGGAUCUAG